AAUGCAUUUCUGUCAUGUACUUAUGAUUAACUGACAGCAUGUCGUAAUAACCUUCCAAGAAGACUUCCAUCCUCAUCACCUUAAUAUAAUUAGCUGAAAACCUUCCGAUACCCCGCCAACCACAGAGGUUGUGAUAGCGUAAUUAGCUAAGAAUCGGAUCGUACUCUUUGUUUGUGGAGGACUGAAAACGCUCAAAGCCCGCUGAGUUACGAAGCUGGGAAGUUGAAGCUGACGAUGACACCACCGUUUGUUUUCAUACGGUGCACUGAUUGCACGGCUAGGUACUUGAACGAAAACCUGGCGAUAUUAUUGAUGGUUUCUCAACGGCGGCCGUGUAUGUACGUGAAUUCUUAAUGGAACAUUGUCACACAUGUCAGCCGAGAGAUGGGAGGAUGGGAACAUGCGCAUUGCGAGUCCUGUACCUUACCACUUACCAUUGAUCUUUGGAAAAGUUAUACCUAUUGUGGACAACCCGCGGUUUGUGUAGAGCUAGCUUGCAUAGCACUGGAGCAAUUAGCCAUUCAUGCAACAGUGUAGCUAACGAGUGACGGCGAACAACCAGAAACAUGUCGAUGCUGGGCCGGACUGGAACACUUGUUAGAAAACACCGUAGACGAUCCAGCUGCGGGUUGCUCAAACCCCCCGAGAUUUCAAGACGGGGGUCGGCACCAACGGUUCUUGUGCAGACUCCCCCGACAUUCCUCACAGUGCCAGCUGGUGGGCAAGGGGGACUACACCCAAAUCAAUCUCGAUCCCCAUGCAAGAGUGUAUCGUUUACGUUAGACGCUAGGAGAUUCAGCGAGGUUUACCCACGAAAGGUGUCUUUUUCUAAGCAAACACAACCGCCGGAAAAAGUAUUUUAUGACAGUACUGUUGUGUGGCCGGAAGUAGAAGAGCAAGAACCGCCUUUUUCUGUAGUCAGUGGUAUUUGUGAGGCGGGUCUGGAGUCAAAAGGCCCUUGCGAAUUUCUUCAUCGUGCCUUCUCUCUGUUAGGCGGAGCCUGGCCAGUGACCGUUUUCCUUGUGAUUCUGCUCGCCUUGCCGUUAGUCAUGACAACAAUAGGUGUGAAUUAUCUCCACGACUGUCCACGAGAACCCAAGCUUCCAAUCUACUUAGUCGUCGGUGGAUGCUUUGGCAUUCUAAAACUAAUUUUCUUAUUAUGGAAGCAAGUGAGACGACACAAAGAGGUAACCGACCUCCACGACGACGAAGACCUCGUCACCAUGACGCGCAUGACGAACAUAGCAUUAAAUAUAUUUUUGACAAUUUGGUUCGUGUUUGGACACUACUGGGUGGUGGGUAUUUGGAAGCCCCACUUCUCCGCGCCCUUGCACGAACCAAAGAACUGGUGUGAAAGAACAGUGUUCCUGUUCUCGUUUUGGCAACUGGUAAUCUGUCAUAUUAUCAUAGCGCUGAUGAUUGCUAUAGGUCUGAUGCUAUUGUGUUGCUAUACAUGUGUCAGAUGUCUACUCGUCGACUCAAGCAAGAGUUGACAGACAAUGAAGGCGGAGCGUGUCCGCGUUUAGCCACGGAUUGGACAUUCAAGAUGACAACUGCUCCUUCCCAAGACGAAUUCUAAAACUACCCACAACGUGGCUCCACAGUGCUAGAAGAAGGCGAAGAACCUAAUACAGUGUGCAUGAACCAGGUGGUUGUGAACGCGGCAUUUUGUUGGCGUCUUGUGUGAGAAUAUUAUGCCUCAGCAGGAACGAAUCUAUCACCUCAUAUCGUGGUGCAUCCAAGUGAUAUUUUAUUACAGAGUUUGAAGAAGCUUUACCAAGACCACGAUCCAAGCUGACCACGACAUAUUAUCGCUCACUUUGCAUCAUAUCAAUAUAACCUCUUGCAUUUUGCCAAGCAUAAAAGCCUUAUGGCAAGAGAGACGAAGUCUCUCGUUUAUCACUCAAAUAUUUUUGCAUCGAAUUGUACAUGUACUGUGACGUAUGUUUUCUGUUACUAAGCAACGUGUUCCCUAUUUUCUGUCUCUGGUAACCAUUAGAUUACAGGAAGCAUAUCUUGUCUCGUCUGUAUGAUUGUACGUGCACGCUUAGCUAUUGCAUCUGUAAUAAAUCGUUAUUAUUGUAUAUUGGGUGGACAACAGCAAAUAUUCAUUUUGGUCAUAUCAUGGGUACCCGGCAGGAUGUAAGUAUACACUCAAAUGCCUAACUUUGAGCUUGGGCGGAUCUGAUAUCGUUCAAUAAUGGUCAAAUUUUCAGAUUUACUGAUUUACCAACCUGAAAUGGUGAUAAACGAGAAACCGCCUCGUCGGCUUCAUAUUUAGAUCUGUGCAUGCAAAUUGAGACUGUAUGACGAGACUGUAUGACGAGAUGCGAAAUUUCCAAUAGUCAUCUUUCGAAAGAUUUUUGGUAGACAUGUAGAGUAUAUUUCGAAAUUUGAUGCAUCAAUGACCACAGGUAUGUCCGAUCAAUUCCCUAUUUCGACUUAGCAUACGUUCCCAUGUUUCUCAGGGAAACACUUGCCUUGUCUAUGCGUGUGUUUGUCACCAGUGGGACAAAAUAAGGUAAUCGCGAUCACUGUUUUAUAUUAUAUUCAUAACAAAACAUGCUUAUGAUAUAGUCGAAAUUAUGCUUUCAGCUGAUAUUUCAUUUCAUUAUAGAAAAGCCAUCAUUAAGAAAUAUAUACUGAGCAACAUAAGUAUUAGUGACCUGUUUCCAUUUUACUAAACCGCUGGUGAAUCGUCCAUGUAGUGUAGACGGAACAUAACAUAGGCAUGUCACCAGGAGCUAGGUUUUCUGUCACAGGAGUGCUAUAUAAUAUCAUUUAAAUCUUCCAUGCGCUAUAGUGAUGAUGACACAAGAAGGUAACGAAAUACUCUCACAGUGAUGUAGUCAUUAGCAGUAAUUCAGUCAGGGUAUAUUACGCACUCAGGAAACGCGGAUGCCAUUUUAACCGAAACCAGAUAGAAUAAAUCAAAGUGCUCCUGUCGUUACACGAGGCGAUUUUCCUAGAUUUGAUAAAAGAUGCUUUACUCUGUCAAACGAUGAUCAUGGAUUAAGGAUCGUGAAGAGGCGGUGACGAGCACGGAUCUGGCGUUGCAGUUGUCCGUGGUUUUAGAUUGAAAGCGAAUGAUACAGUGAUGAAACUGGGCAUAUUUUUUUAUGAAAGACGAGAUGCUUUACAGAUGGCACUCACGGAGUAAAAGAUUAAUCGGAUGGUAAAUAAGUUCAAAGAGACAUUAUCAGACAGGUAAACAUCAGCGUUGAAGUAGUUCGGCGACGCUGUUUACACCCGACAACGACGGUGACGGUAAAUGUCUCAUUUUUAAAUACUUAAAUCAAGAUGCGUUGACGACACAUGGGAGUUGGAGAGUCUUUUAUCAGCAUCUCAUUGCCUUGGAGAUCCGUCAGUUUGUUAGCUGCUCAUUGCCUUGAAGAUUUAUAAGAACUGCCAACUGUCACCAUUGACACUGAAAUGUUCAAAUAACAGACAUCUUCAAGAAGAUUGAUGGAUCCUUAGUGCUGCAAAACAUUAAUCAUGAACUGUUAUUUUUCAACGAUUAAACCACCUGUCAAACACCACAAACACUCGUCUCGUAUCAGCAAGUUGUUAUAUGUGUAAUAACAACUGCACGUAUCUUAUUACUGAGAUUUUUCGCAUGAAUAUUUAUUUAGGAAUUGGCCAUCAGCUUGCAACGACGUCCCUACAAUGUUUGGUCCUCAAUCUAAGAAGGUUGAUACUGAAACAAACACACAGAAAGAGAAUGUGAAUUCUUAAAAUUUUCUUAAUUUUUUGUUCCUACAAAUGUACCGCAAAAGGGUUAGGCACAGCUUAAUGCGUUAUCUCUCGUUAACACUGACCUACAUACAAGAAGCUGUAUCACGGAAGAAAAUAGUUCGUCGAAAGAACGGUCAGAUUGGUGUCUGUAUGCCCUAAUGGCUCUACAGUAGCAUUAUUUGUAACUUACUUACAAUACGUUAUUAUUAGAUGAUAAAGGUCUGGUAAGAACUACCUCAGUAGAUCUGUCACAGUGACAGCGCGUCGUAAUAUAUUUACAUCAGGUUCGGAAAUCAAAAUGGCCGACAGAAAAAUCGUGUGGCAGUUACGAGAAUUGCUCAUUUUUAAGUUGAAUGGUCUUAAGGAUGAUGAUAAUAACAUGCUAGGUAUGUUCACAAAUACUGUAGAUUGCCAGUCAGUCUAUGCAUGGAACGAUAUGAUAGUGUCGGUGUAUACUUCGUCGUGUUCGCUAAGACUGGUUGCACCAAGGACAUACGCUCAGGUAUGCGAUCAAGGCCUCUGACUUUUCCCAAUGCAGGCUAAUGACUAAAAGGCCAAAACGAUUGGAAAACAUAACUUUUUUGUGUUUAUUCGUUCUGAGGAAUUCCCAGGCAUGUCCCCAUGAAUCCGGAAGUGGUCCGUUUCAACGAAAAACGUCUAAACGUCAAACUAGGCCGCUUUUACGCUUAUACCUCAGUUUUGCUGUUAUGUGACAGGCUUCUCGUCAAGUGGAACAGCAGUUUAUCGUGUAAACUUCACAUAAAACAUUUAAACCUAAGAACGAUUCUUGGAAACAGGUAUUGCAGUAUAUUAAAGAAAGUGAAAAGCACCAUCCAUGGUGAUUAGGUUCUAUCACCCACUGCUUUUCAGAGGAGGUGGCUGAAAGGUAGAGUGGUCGUUUACAAUGUACAUCAUGGCAUAUUCAAUGUUGUUAUAUCAUUGCGUUAGUGUAGUAGGUGAUGUAGCUGGAAUAUUGCUGAAUGUGACAUAAAACAAUAUUCAUUCACUACUCGCUUCUUUGUGUGGGCAUUAAAUUAAUUAUCUGCAACUAGUAGCAAGUUUAACGUAGUGUAUAUUCCGUAUCAGAACCAGCGCGGGGGAAGACACCCUGCCGAAUACCAAUAGCCUUAAUUUUACGUGGAUAUUGUGGCUUAUUUUAAACGAUUACGCCCCUGUCCAAUUAAAGCCUUCAAUCAUGUUUCCGAAAUAGGGCUGAACGAGCUGGUUUCUGCAUGAACAGCCUUCAUCCAUCUCGUGGACACAUCUGUGUUGUUAAUUAAGAUGACAGUCACGUUCAAAACGUUUGCCCUGAAUCCCCGCUCAGAGGCGCCAUCUGAUGAUCUCAACUUCACUGCUUGGACCUAUUCCCAAAGGCAAGAUGGCUGCCGGUAUUGAGUGCCUGAUACGGCGCUGUAGAAGGGAUCACCGUCAGGCUAUUACAUGUUCCAACUGUGACAACUAUUAUUUUGAAAUCAAUGAUGUAUUAAUUUAUUUGUUGUCAACAUUUUCUUUUGUCUUAUGUUUAAUACAUAUUGCCUUCGCAUAAUUUAAAAGCACCGUUUAUUAUUUUCACAUUACCAAAUUUUAUUUAAGUAUGGCAAGACUAAAUUUGUUCUGUUUGUAGCAUGUUGAAUGUAUAUUUAGAAUAUUAAAAAAUCUUUAACAUAUUUUCGCAACCUCUUCAUAAAUUAGUGUACAGUAAGGAUAGAUCCUUAUCAAUGAGAGUUUCUAGAAUGAUGACAAAUACGGUAUUAUCACUAAGUCAAUGUAUACACGUGGGCAAGAAGCUCUGCAUCUGUAUAGUGUAUGCACAGUGUUUGUAUUCCUUUGUAAAUGGUGUAUUGUUGUUUAUUUCAUGUGUCUCUGAAGGCUGGUCUAUUCUUGCAUAUGAACAACUAUUUUGAUACUUUGUAUAUUUAAGGCAGUGUCGCAUCUGUGACUUAUUGUUGACCUCUCACCUUUACGUGUCAAUUGUUUCACUCUAUUUUUGCCAUUGUGACAUAAGUAGCUUUUCCACUUUGUCUAUUUUAACUUUUGAAGAGUUCCCAUAUAUUAUUAUACCCCAUAUCCACCUUUUGAAAAUAAAACCAAUUCUUAA